AUGGUACCACCAAAGAGAGCCACUAAGAUGGACCUGAACUCAUUUUUAAAUGAUGAUACGUUUGGGUCCGCCUGGGAAGAAACUGAUGUGGAUUUGAGCAAGAUUUCCAUUCCUGUAGAAAACGUCAAGGCCAAUACCAUUCCAUUGGAGGAAUUAGCUGCCGCUAAAGGUGGUUCAAAUCAAAAUUUUAGAGGAGGUUCCCGUCUAGAUCCUGCCCUUGGUGGUGGUAGAAGCUUUGAACGUACUGAGUACCCAGUUCCAGACCGUCCACCUUACAGGGCUAUUAUCAACAACAUUCCUUGGGACAUAACACCCGAAGGUGUUCAAGCUUGGGUUGAAGAUGGACUUCAUAAGGAAGAUGCUGUUGAAGAGGUAGACUUGCCAAGAAGUAUCAAAGACCCAACACGUUUGAAGGGUAUUGCCUUCGUUACUUUGAAAGGACGUGAAGAUUUGGUACAAACUCUAACAUUCAAUGGUACUCCAUUAAACGACCGUACCGUCUACGUAUCUGUCGCAGCACCAAGAAGAGAUGGUUUCGACUGGGGUGGAGCUCGUGGUUCCAGUUUCCAAUCGUCUGGUGAUCCUGCUGCCGAUUUGGAUUGGGGAGCUAUGAGAGGUUCUCAAUUCAAGGGUAGUAGACCACCAAGAGAAGAACCGGACUUGGAUUGGGGAGCUAUGAGAGGUGCUCAAUUCAAAGGUAGUAGACCACCAAGAGAAGAACCAAACUUAGAUUGGGGUGCUAUGAGAGGUGCUCAAUUCAAAGGUAGUAAACCACCAAGAGAAGAACCAAACUUAGAUUGGGGUGCUGCCAGAGGUUCUCAAUUUCAAACGCCAAGAUCUGAUUCCGGCAAGAAAGGUGGUAAGAGCCUUUUCCCAGAUAACGAUGCUAAGAAAGAUGAAGAUUUGGAUUGGGGUAACAUUAGAAAUAGACCAGCCAGAGGCCCUAAACCAGCUGAAGAUUCUGGUCCUGAUUUGGAUUGGGGCUCUGCCAGAGGUGCUCAAUACGGUAAGAAAACUGGCGGUGGAUCUGGCAGUGCCCACUUGAGAAAACAAAUUGCCGAGAAGGACAAUGUGGACGACAAGCCAAAGAUACAAACUUCUCGUUUUGGUGUCUUGAGUACUGAAGAUGAUGAAGAAGAAGAAUCCACCGAAAAGGAAACCGCCAGUGAAGAGCAGGUUACUCAAUUAGAAAAAGAAACCCAAAAAUUAAGCGUUGAUAACAAGGAAACCGAUGAGUGGAAUGUCGUUGGUAAAAAAUAA